AUGGCUUUGGGUCCCAACACCGAGGCCAAGGCCUACUUGACACAGCUCAGCGUCCCACCGCCUCCCGGCUCGCCCUAUGCUGUGCCGUUGCCGGGCUCUGAGCGCGAGGGCCGCAGUCCAGUCUACCGCCAUUGGCGCUUCAAGGACAGUCCGCUGCUGGAGACCUGGGACCAGGGAAUCCACACAUUCCACGACCUGUUCCAGGACUCUGUGAAGCGGUUCCCGAACAAUAGGUGCCUGGGCACUCGCCACUGGAAUGCGGCCACCAAGAGCUGGGACAACAAGUACACAUGGCAGACGUAUGCUCAAGUCGCGGAGCGCACCAAGAACUUUGGCUCUGGUAUCCUCGAACUUCACCGUAGAGUGGGCGUCACAGCCGACAAGUUCGGCGUCGGCCUCUGGUGCCAGAACCGAGCUGAAUGGCAAAUCACUGACAUCGCGCUCAGCUCCCAGACUCUCUAUACUGUAUCUCUAUACGAGACGCUAGGACCCGACACCUCCGAGUUCAUCAUCAAGCACUCCGAGCUCGCUUGCAUCGUGACUUCGUUGCCUCACAUCCCAACUUUGCUCGCAAUCGCGCCUCGACUCCCAGAUCUGAAGUUGAUCAUCUGUGCAGACAGCUUGGAUGCCGGAGAGCAAGAGGGGUACUCCAAGCUGGCACUAUUGAAUGGCCUCGCCAACAAGCAUGGAGUUCAAAUCUGGUCGAUGGACGGCGUUGAGGAACUCGGAAAGAAGGUUGCGCACCCUUACCGCGCGCCUCGCCCCGAGGAUGUUCUCACCAUCAACUACACGUCAGGCACCACAGGCGAUCCCAAGGGCGUCGUUCUGACCCACCGGAACUGUAUUGCGGCUGUGACCAGCUCUCGUACUUCCGGCAACAUGAGCCACAAGGACUCGUCCAUGUCAUACUUGCCCCUCGCACAUAUCUACGGGCGCAUGGUUGACCAGACCUCACUCGCUGAAGGUGCCGCAGUAGGCUUCUUCCACGGCAACAUACUCGAGCUUGUUGACGACUUGAAAAUUUUGAAGCCGUCCGGUUUCAUCUCUGUUCCUCGACUCUACAACAGGUUCGCCCAAGGCAUCAAGGCCCAGACUAUUGAAGCGGAAGGUUUCAAGGGCGCUCUCUCACGCAGAGUAGUCGAGGCCAAGAAGGCGAGCAUGAAGUUGCCGCUUGGCAAGGCCCACAACCAGCACCUGAUUUACGACCGCAUCUGGACCCCCAAGGUCCUGGCCGCCGUGGGUCUCGAGCGUUGUCACUCCAUGGUCAGUGGCAGUGCGCCGCUCGACCCUGCCGUCCAUGAGUUCCUGCGUGCCGCUUUCGGCAACUUCUUCACCCAGGGCUACGGCUUGACCGAGUCGUACGCUGUUGCUUCCUAUCAGCUCAGAGGUGACUUCACCACCGGCAACAUCGGCCCACCGGCGCCUGGCAACGAGGUUUGCCUCGAGUCCCAGCCUGAACUUGAUUACUUGGUGACGGACAAGCCUCACCCCCGUGGAGAGCUCCUGCUCAGAGGCCCCACCAUUUUCCGCGAGUACUAUAAGAACCCGGAAGAGACAGCCAAGGCGCUCGAUGCAGAUGGCUGGUUCCACACCGGCGAUGUUGCCGAGAUUGACGAGAUGGGACGUAUCAAGAUCAUUGAUCGUAAGAAGAACGUCCUCAAGCUGGCGCAGGGAGAGUACAUCUCCCCUGAGCGGCUCGAGAACGUCUUGAUGGGCAACUCUAACCUUAUCGCUUCGGCGUAUGUCCACGGCGACGGAACACAGUCACACCUGGUUGGUGUCUUUGGUAUCGACCCCGUCAACUUCGCACCAUUUGCCAGCAAGACGCUGAAGAAGACGGUUGCGGCGGAUGACCUGGCGGCUGUCAAGGUAGCCGCCAAGGAUCAGAGGGUGGUCAAGGCGUUUAUCAAGCACCUGGACGACAUUGGCCGUAAGAACAAGUUCAACGGCUACGAGCGUGUCAAGAAUGCGCUGCUGGAGAUUGAGCCUUUCACCAUUGAGAACGAGCUCUUGACGCACACCCUGAAGCUUAAGAGACCUCAAACCGCUAAGCGGUUCCGGGGUGAAAUCGACCGCAUGUAUGCUGAGGUCAACGCAGAGAACCCGAUCAAGGCGAACCUGUAG